UAUUGACUAUAAUUACAGGAAACGUGAAGAGGAAAGUAAGAGGAAAGAAGCCAAGCUACAGAAAGGGGUGCAGAAUGGGGAACAAAACAGGUUCCGAGUACAACCGAAUCCUGCAAAUCGAGAGAAGACUGCCAGCACCUCGCAGUUCCCUAAUAAACCGACAGAUACACAGAGUAAGAGACCUCUGUCCCUCAGCACUUCACAAAUUCAACCAGGGAGAAACAGUAGAGGUUCACCUAAAGCUUGCCACAGCAAAGCGACACCAAAGGAGAGCUGCCUAUCAGCAGAGCCUCAGAGUGAAGGUGAUAAAACCAGGCGAGAUUCACCAAGGAAACACCUCAAAAGCAAGGCACGUUGUGUCCAUUUCCACUGUGGCAAAGCUAAAGAGAGAACACAAGUUGAAGUGAACCAUCAAGUUGCAGCUGCUACAGAAGUGGAUGGAGAAAAGCGGAAGGAGCACGGUGUCGAGGCAGCGGGUGCUUGUGCUCGGAGGAGCAGAAGGCACACUUCUGCUUGUAGGACUGCAAGUGCUGGGGAAAAAAUAAGAGAUCAAAGUCAGCCUUCAUCUGGCAACAGGGACCACGGUGAAGGAACGGCUGUGCUCUCCUGCAAUGUCACUUGUGCCGGUGGAAUCGUGAGAAACUCGAAGCAGUGCGAAGCUGCUUCCAAAAGCAAAAGGCAUCAGCAGAAAUCCAGAAGUAAGGAGGUAAAUGACGAGCGGUGCUCCCCAGCUGGCUCCAGUAGGCCAGGAAGUGCCAAAGCGGUAUUUGUAAACACCAAAAACGACAGCGUGCUCGCUGUAGACCAAACGCACAAAGUGGGAAAUAAUGAGUUAGCAAAAAAGGCCUCCCCUUUAUUGUCUGCUGGGACAGAACCUACCAGAACUGUGCCAAGAAACCCAGCAGCAUCUUCUGCUCCUGGUGACAGCUUGAACUUGGAAAAAACAGGCGUAAUUGGCUCCAGGAAUGCGGAUGAUCAGUCAUGUUUUGUCACAUGGCAAAGUACAAAUGUUGAACUAAUCCCUUUGGAGAUUCGCAUGCAGAUUAUAGAAAAAGAAAGAAGAAGAAAAGAGCUGUUUCGGAAGAAGAACUACGCUGCUACAGUCAUACAGAGGACGUGGAGAAGUUACCAGCUCAGACAGGAGUUGUUUCGGCUUCUUCGUGCCAAGCGGCAGUGCAAAGAAGACGAAGACAAAUGGAGACAAGAGGCAGCUGCCUUCUUCAUUCGGGUUGCUUGGAAGAAACAGCUGAACCAUGGCCCUCUGAAGUCAGGUCCUUCAUGUAAAAACCUGAAAUCUGUAAACAAAACCAGCUCAGCCAUAAAAACCAGCAAGCAGUCCAUCCUUAAGCAGAUAUAUGGACGUUCUCAAGAAGGCAAAGUGCAUCAGCCAGCAAGACCGUCUUCUAAGCUGAAACUUUCUGAUGUGCAGCUGGCCUCAGUAAACAACCUACAGUGCGUUAAUUUGCUGGAGAACAUGGGAAAAUCAAAGCAAUUUUCGUACAACAUGAGACCAACCACUGCUGCAAAGUCAAAAAACACGGGAGUCAAGCACUAA